AUGGGAGACCUCUUUUCUUUAUUUUGGGAUGUGGAUCCUCCCCCUAUGCCUUUAAGUUUUGCUAUUCCAAAUCAAGAUUAUGAAUGCCGGAAGGAAGACUCUUGUGGAACAAUAGGGAGCUUCCUGCUUUGGUAUUUUGUCAUUAUAUUGUUCCUGAUGUUCUUCUCUCGGACUUCUAUCUGGAUGUCUGAGGAUAAAAAGGAUGAAGACAGUGGGGCAAGCACUUCAGUGAGUAAAGCAAGCAAAAAUACUUCCUAUAAGCGGCAAAGCAAAGGUGUUGCCUGGGACACUUCACAAAUGAUGAAGAAACCAAAGCAGAGCCAAUUCGCCCCUGUCACUGACUCAGAAGUGGCCUUGGUCAAUGCCUAUCUUGAACAGAGACGAGCCAGGCGCCAGUCUCAGUUAAACCAGGUGAAUCAGAAUCCACAAGACAGUGAUACCACUGAGUGCGACAGUGAAGAGUCUAACUCGGGAGCUUCCUCGUGGAAGGAGAGUGAAAGUGAACACCACCCAUCACCAGACUGUAUGAAGAGGAGAAAAACAGCUCAGAGGCAAAGGAAUCUCGGAAAUUACCAAAUCAGAGAAAGGCCCUGCCUCCACUGCAAAGCCAUGAGGACCAACGAAUGGCUGACACGCCAUUUCCUACAAACAUCCCCAGUGAAGAGGGAGCUUCGAGAGGAAAACCCCAUACCUGACAUUAACACAAAAUUCAGUAAAUUUUGA